AUGGAGCAAAACACCCUCAAAAGACGAGGCGUUGGCUUGACAGGUCUCGACAAAAAGCAAUAUUUUGGAGGGUACACUCUAUUCUGCCCAUUGACUAGCGACGUCGCGUACCUCAUCGACAUUGAGGGGAACGAAGUUCACUCUUGGAAGCUUCCCGGACGCAUCGGUCGACAUGCAAGAAUCCUGCCGAACGGCAACCUUGCAGUCAAUACUCUUCGCCCUUCAAGCAAGACUACCAGCGAUGGAGGACCGUUCCCCUUUCCUUUCUUCAACAAAUACGGUGGUGGUGUUAUGAGUGAGUUGGAUCCGCAAGGCACUGUCGUCAGACAGUUCGAAGACGAGUUUGGUCAUCAUGAUCAACAUCAUUUCGGCGAUGGGAGAAUGCUUUACACUGGACUCGAGCCACUCUCUCUUGAGGAGUCUGCAAAGGUCUUGGGAGGCGUACCGGGUACAGAGAUUGAUGGAAUAACGUAUGCCGAUACAAUCAACGAAACUGACACGAACGGCAACUUGAUCUGGCAAUGGAGAGUUUCUGAGAGCUUGCCCAGAGCAGAAUAUCCUCUCCAGGCUCACUACACCAGAGAGCACUAUCCCCUGAUCAACUCGGUACUUCCUACCAGAGAUGGCAAACAUAUUCUGGCUUCCAUGAGAUCUGUCUCUGCUGUGGUCCUCAUCGAGAAGUCAACCGGCAACAUUGUCUGGAAGCUUGGCUCCGAAGUCCUAGCCCAACAGCACAAUGCUACCGAACUGGAGAAUGGAAAUAUCCUCAUCUUCGAUAAUGGCGCAUACAGAAGCGGCGAAUCAAUUACGUACAGCCGAGCCAUCGAAGUUAACCCUGCCACCAAAGAAAUUGUCUGGGAGUAUCGGGACAAGUCGCAAAUGCUUUACUUCUUCACGCCAUUCAUGGGGAGUGCACAACGUCUUGCAAACGGCAAUACUAUGCUCUGUGAGAGUGCAUUUGGUCGACUCUUUGAAGUGACGCCUGAUGGUUAUGUCUGCUGGGAAUACAUCAACCCACAUUUUGCGCCAUAUCCUGAUGCAGCGACAGCGAAAUUGUUUCCGGGAGAGUCAAACGCUCUGUUCCGUGCAUAUCGCUAUUCGAAGAAGGAACUCCCUUGGUUGGAAGUAUAGAUGAAGGGGGAUGCUAUUAGCACGAGCUGACACAUACAAGGUGAGGGACUUGGUGGAGGCUUAGAAUAGACAACACAGCUUUUGACCUUCUACGUAGCGUUUUGAUAAACCGAACGCUGAUGAUAGUCUGAUCAAGUCGUCUGCUAUCCUUAGUUAAUCAGGUCUUCCACUUGUUGUACGUCAACCGCC